AUGUUGUGAUCUCCUGGGUUGUUUUUCAUCUCUCACACAAACAGUCCCUAAGAAUGUGUGUGUUUGUGUUUCUCCUUUUUGAAAUAUUUAAGACGUUUAAAUAGACUGUGAAAUCACUCUUAUAUGUCAACAGGCCAUCGGAGGUUGUAAUAAGAUCUACACUUGUAAACUUGAUAGUUCUGCUCAAGCUCAGCAGGGUCAUUUGUGGGGCUCGCGUGAAUAGAGGCAGUAAAGGGAUCGGCCCAAAAUACCUUUGUAAUAAGUCAUAACGUAUGCAGCUGCUUUAGUUUCUCUUGGUUUUCUGGAACCACCACUGUCCUAUGUUAUCAUACCUCCUCCCUUUCCUGUAUUUGUAAUUGUUUUUAAAAAAAGACCAAACCUUUGUGCUGCUUUUUUAUGGGAAAGAAAAACACGUCUAUUUGCCACAGCUGGAGGUUGAAGGUUGUCCUAGGAGGGUUUCAGGUGAGGGGUGGUGACAUGGCCUGUAUUUACUACAAGUCAAAGAAACUAGUUCUGCAGGUGGCUGCUCGCCUAUAAAUAUGCUCUCUCAUAAACUGUGUUCUGAUUGCUUAGUGUGCUGCAACCAGAAAGCAGCUCUAAUACUUGAUAGAGUCUAUUUAUACAAGAGACCGUUGCCAUUAAAUUACCUUCCCACCCACGAGAACCUGCCAUGGCGUUGCGACCCCGAGCUUCCUCUCAGCCUGGGAAACUCUCUUUCCUCCACAGUCCCAAGCUAACUUCAGCCCUGAGACCCCGGGCGGUUUCCUCGCGCUCGGUCUCCAUGCUGGAAGAGGAGCUGUCCUGUCCCGUCUGCUGUGAGAUCUUCAAGGAGCCCGUGGUGCUCAAGUGCAGCCACAGCUUCUGCCGGGAUUGCCUGCAGCAGUUCUGGAACCAGAAGAAGGCCAGACGCGAGUGUCCCGUCUGCAGGACGAAAUGCUCCUUGACAGAGCCCACGGUCAGCCUGUCCCUGAAGAACGUGGCAGACACGUUCCUCAGGGAGCAGCAGAGCAAGAUGUCCACAGCUGGGACACGGGCUGGUGGGACAGGGCAGGAAGCAGGGAUGGUGGAGGAGGAGAAGUGCGUCACGCACGGGGAAAUCCUGAAGCUCUUCUGUCUCGACGACUUUGAAGUCUUGUGCUGUGUGUGUCACACCUCCAAGAAGCACCAGGGCCACCAGGUGUGUCCCUUGGAUGAGGGGGCUCAGGACCUGAAGGAAGACCUGAAGAAAGACUUGAUUCCUCUGAAGAAGAACCUGCGUCUCCUGUAUCAGGCCAAACAGGAGUGUGAUGACACAACUGUCUACAUGAAGAACCAGACUCAGGCCACCGAGAAGCAGAUCAGAGAGCAGUUUGAAGAGCUCCGUGAGUUUCUGAAGAGGGAGGAGGCGGCACGACUGGCCAAUCUGCAGCAGGAGGACACGGAGAAGAAGGAGCUGAUGAAGAAGAAGUCGGACAGCAUCACCAGAGACAUCCUUACCUUCUCUCACGCUGUCAUUGCCAUUGAGAAUGAGAUUGCGUCCAGUGACUCUCUCUUCCUUCAGAAUUACGCCAACACAAAGAAAAGAGCACAGAUUCCACAGAAAGACCCAGGAAAAGUGUCACGUGUUCUAAUAAAUGUGGCCAAGCACGUCAGUUCUCUCAAAUACCACGUGUGGGAGAAGAUGGUGGAGCUGGUUUAUUACACACCCAUCACUCUGGACCCCAACACUGCCUACUCGUGGUUGUCCAUCUCCACAGACCUGACCAGUGUGGCCAACAGUGGGUCCAUGAAGCAGCUCCCGGACAACAGUGAAAGAUUUGGCAAGUUUGUGUUCGUGCUGGGUUCAGAGGGCUUCACUGCGGGCCGACACGCCUGGGAGGUGGAGGUGGGCGACAAGUUGGACUGGAUGCUCGGGGUGGUGAGGGAGUCCAUCGACAGGAAAGGCCGAAUCUCCGGCUGUCCCGAGGGCGGCUUCUGGAUGAUCGCAAACUACGAGGGCGAGUACUCGGCCAUGACGAGGCCCAACACCCCGCUGCAUCUGGAGGCCGAGCUGACUCGAGUCAGGGUGCAGCUGGACUAUGAGUCUGGAGAGGUGAUCUUCUCCAAUCCUGUCAGCAUGACACCCAUCUACACCUUCACGGACUGCUUCACCGAGAAGAUGUUCCCCUUCUUCUGCCCCGGGGCGAACAUCAACGGGAAGAACCCCAAGCCCCUUAAGAUCUGCCCCGCCACAGUGGCCGUGUGGAACAGUGCCACGUGGUGAUUUGAUGAGAAACAGGCAAAGUGUGUUGAAACGAUAAGAAAUGACGAAAGGGCAAAGGAAAUGGCUCAGGGAGACGAGGCCGGUGCGUGUUUGUGUGUAAAAUGAGCGAGAAGAAGAGCGAUCAGAGUAAAUGAUGGUUUUAUUACAACGGAGGUCAUUAAGUGACUAAUUGCACUUAAUGAAGCACAAAGCAGCUGCUGUGUAAAGCUUGCCCUCUCUAUCCAGGACAGAUUAUGCUGCUUCAUCAGUGGGGAAAUCACACUGAGCAUCCCCCGCUCUCUCCUCAUCAUCACUGGCCCCCUGGUGGUCUUUGUCACACACACACACACAUUCUUGUACCGCCGUCUUUGUGAGGACACUCAAAGACACUAACUUUAACCAUCACUACUAAAUGCCUAACCCUAAUCUAAACCCGCUUCUAACCCUGAAACCAAGUCUUAACCCUGAAAGAAAGCAUUUUUUAAAGUUAUGAGGAUCAGCUGAAAAGAAUCACGAUUUGUCAGGCACACACUCAACAGUUGCCAGGGGGACUCGCACAGAAGAAGAAAGUAUCUCUGUUGGUUUAAAAAAACAAAACUCACUGUCAUGCAUGUUUAAACUCCAAGUGGUUCCAAAUAAAUACAGUAUAUAUACAUUCACCAGCCUAUUUAUCAGGUUCAUUUGAUCAACUGACGGCCCGAGCACCAGAGUUGAGCAACAAAGGUCAUUUCAUUGAUUUUGAAUGUCACAUGUUGGUUGGUGCCAGACAGGCUCAUCAUGAGUACGUCACAAACUGCUGAUCUGCUGGAAUUUUUUCCACACACAACCAUCUCUAGUGUUUACAGAGAAUGGUCUGAAAAGGAGAAUAUCUAGAUUAAAUCUACCGAUUUGACCGGAAAUGAUAUAUAGAAAGGCAACACUAACUCAAAUAAAGUGGCUGGUGAGUGUAUAUUUUCACACUCUCAUGUAAUAUCUGAUUUAUUUUGUUGUAAUGGAAACAAAAUGAAUAAUGUAAAGGGGAAUAAGAUAUAAAACACUGAAAUGAUUUGAAGCGGUGCAUCAAUAAAGAAGCAUAAAAAAGGCUGAAUAUUACCUCCCAAA